AAUACGCAAAGAAAGACAGCGCUUUUACCGUCCGUCGUCGUCUCCAUCAAGCAAGGUCUCUUUCUUCUUCCUUCAUUCGCACUCUAGUGUUUUCAGAAAACAGUAAUUGGGUCCCCACGGAGCGACUUUGGAUCCUCUUCUUUCUACAUCUAUUUUUCUCUGUUUCUGUUUCCAACCGCAUUAUUUGUACUUGAGGUGGAGGUUGUUGUUUGAGACUACGAUUUUCAGGAUUGGUUGGUCUUUUUUUUAACUUAUGGGUAAAGGAGGACAUGCAAAUGGAAAGCAGGUGGAUACAACGCCAGGGGAUAAAGAGGUUUACCCAGCGUGGGCUAAGGAUAUUGUUGAAUGUGAAGAGAAGUUUGAUGUGAAUAGGGGGUAUGGAUUGACAGCUAGUGAAGUGGAGAAGAGAAGGCUGAUUUAUGGGUCAAACGAACUUGAGAAGCAUGAAGGUCCGUCUAUUUUAAGGCUGAUAUUGGAUCAAUUCAAUGAUACCCUGGUGAGGAUUUUGCUUGUUGCUGCGAUCAUAUCUUUUGUUCUGGCUUUGUUUGAUGGUAAACGGGGUGAUGGGAAGAUGGAUAUUACUGCUUUUGUUGAACCUUUAGUGAUUUUUCUGAUUUUGAUUGUGAAUGCCUUCGUUGGAGUUUGGCAAGAGAGUAAUGCUGAGAAGGCAUUAGAGGCUUUGAAAGAGAUUCAAUCACAACAGGCUACAGUUAUUCGUGAUGGAAGAAAGAUCCCCACUUUACCUGCGAAAGACUUAGUUCCUGGUGAUAUUGUUGAGUUACGGGUGGGAGACAAAGCCCCUGCUGACAUGAGGGUUUUACAAUUAAUCAGCUCAACUGUUAGGGUUGAGCAAGCAUCAUUAACUGGAGAAAGUGAGGCUGUUAAUAAGACGAGCAAACCUGUUCCAGAAGAUUCUGACAUUAGUCUCAAGAAAUGUAUGAUCUUCGCUGGGACGACAGUAGUAAACGGAAGUUGUAUCUGUUUGGUUACUCAAACAGGAAUGAGUACCGAAAUCGGACAAGUCCACUCGCAGAUCCACGAGGCAUCACAAAACGAGGAAGACACGCCUCUAAAGAAGAAGCUGAAUGAAUUUGGAGAAGCUCUGACCAGUAUCAUUGGAGUAAUCUGUGUACUUGUUUGGCUUAUUAAUGUCAAAUAUUUCCUAACCUGGGAUUACGUUAAUGGCUGGCCAACUAAUUUCAAGUUCUCAUUUGAAAAGUGCACUUACUACUUUGAGAUUGCUGUUGCAUUGGCUGUGGCUGCAAUUCCAGAGGGCUUACCGGCUGUUAUCACUACUUGUUUGGCUCUAGGAACUCGUAAAAUGGCUCAGAAAAACGCACUUGUCAGGAAGUUGCCUAGCGUCGAGACUCUUGGCUGUACAACAGUUAUAUGUUCUGAUAAAACUGGAACUUUGACCACUAACCAGAUGGCCGUUACAAAGCUUAUUGCCAUGGGCCAUAGUGCAAACUCUGUUAGAUCCUUCAAUAUAGAUGGGACUACUUAUAAUCCAUUUGAUGGGAAAAUUAGAGAUUGGCCAGUUGGUCAAAUGGAUGCUAACCUUCAGAUGAUUGCAAAAAUUGCGGCUGUGUGUAAUGAUGCAGGUGUAGAAGAAGUGACAGGAAACAAUUUCAUUGUCAAUGGUUUGCCCACUGAAGCAGCACUAAAGGUUAUGGCUGAAAAGAUGGGGCUUCCAAAUGGAUUGGAUGCUGGUAAAAAUCCAAUCAGCAGCGACCCAUUGCGUUGCUGCCAAAUAUGGAAUAAACUAGCAAAACGAAUUGCUACUCUUGAAUUCGACCGAGAUAGGAAAUCUAUGGGAGUAAUUGUUAGCUCCGAGUCAGGAAGGAAGUCAUUGCUUGUGAAGGGUGCUGUUGAGAACUUAUUGGAGCGUAGCUCCUUUAUUCAAUUGGUUGAUGGUUCUAUAGAGAAAUUAGAUCAAGCUUCAAAAGAUACAAUUUUGAGAAGCCUUGUUGAUAUGUCUUCAAGUGCCUUGCGUUGCUUGGGUUUUGCCUAUAAGGAUGAUCUUCUCGAUUUUGCUACAUACAACGGGGAUGAAGAUCAUCCUGCUCAUCAGCUUCUGCUAAACCCAUCAAACUAUUCCUCAAUUGAGAAUAAUCUAAUUUUUGUUGGCUUGGCUGGAUUGAGGGAUCCACCUCGAAGUGAGGUGCGUGGAGCUAUUGAGGACUGCAGGGUGGCUGGAAUUAGAGUCAUGGUCAUUACAGGAGAUAACAAGAAUACUGCAGAGGCUAUUUGUCGGGAAAUAGGUGUUUUCGAAACAUACGAGGACAUAAGUGGUAGAAGCUUGACAGGAAAAGAGUUUAUGAGUCUACGUGAUCCAAAAGCUCAUUUGAGACAAGGUGGAGGUUUACUUUUCUCCAGAGCUGAACCGAGACAUAAACAAGAGAUAGUGAGAUUACUGAAAGAAGAUGGAGAAGUGGUUGCAAUGACUGGCGAUGGGGUGAAUGAUGCUCCUGCUCUUAAAAUGGCCGACAUUGGAAUUGCAAUGGGAAUUUCUGGGACUGAGGUUGCAAAGGAAGCUUCCGACAUGGUUCUAGCUGAUGACAACUUCAGCACCAUCGUUGCUGCUGUUGGCGAGGGCAGGUCCAUUUACAAUAACAUGAAGGCCUUCAUAAGGUACAUGAUUUCAUCGAAUAUGGGAGAAGUUGCGUCUAUAUUUUUGACGGCUGCUUUGGGCAUCCCAGAGGGCUUGAUUCCUGUUCAGCUCCUGUGGGUCAAUCUUGUGACUGAUGGACCACCAGCAACAGCCUUGGGUUUCAAUCCGCCAGAUAAAGAUGUGAUGAAGAAACCCCCACGAAGGAGUGACGACUCACUCAUAAAUGCUUGGAUCUUGUUCCGAUAUCUGGUAAUUGGAUUAUAUGUUGGAAUCGCUACUGUUGGUGUAUUCAUCAUAUGGUACACACAGAAAUCUUUUCUGGGGAUCAACUUGACAGGGGAUGGGCACAGCCUAGUCACCUAUUCUGAGCUGGCCAACUGGGGCCAAUGCCCUUCAUGGGAGGGUUUCUCGGUAUCGCCAUUCACUGCAGGAUCACAGACGUUUCAUUUUGAAGACAAUCCUUGUGACUACUUCCAAACAGGAAAAGUAAAGGCGAUGACUCUCUCAUUGUCCGUCUUGGUUGCCAUAGAGAUGUUCAAUUCCCUUAAUGCCCUUUCAGAGGACGGUAGUCUCUUGACGAUGCCCCCGUGGGUCAACCCGUUUUUACUAUUGGCAAUGUCUGUCUCAUUUGGGUUGCAUUUCUUGAUCCUUUAUGUCCCGUUUCUUGCUCGAGUGUUUGGAAUUGUUCCCCUCAGCUUGAACGAAUGGCUUCUGGUGCUGGCAGUUGCGCUACCCGUGAUCUUGAUCGACGAAGUUCUCAAGUUUGUGGGUAGGUGCAUGAACCGAGUGGCAUCGAGAAAACAAUCCAAGAAGAAGACAGAAUAAAUGGUGAUUUUGUUUGAGUGAAAGAGAAUAAUAAGAUGGAUGGGAAAAACAUUGAUUUGAUUUAUUCAAACAUGUGUAGUUUUUGUUACUACCAUUUUACUUACUCAUUAACCAUACAUGCCCAAAGCUGCUGUUAGGAGAUUAAUUUCUCCUUGGAAAUCUUUUUUUUUUUUUUUGGUUUUAAACUUUGUUUUAGAAACAGUGUAGUUAAUUUUACUUCUUUCUAUAUACAUCUUAUAUUUUUAUUAUU